AUGGUCGACCACCAUUCCCAAUUAUACUAUGCUGCUAAAGUGUCAUCCAAGUCCCUUAGCAAGGUGAAGCCAAGGGGUGCUCUUUCAGCAGACCAAGCAGUACAGCACAAUUUACUAUUAAAAAAUAAUCCAAAUAAUUUGGCUUGCGCAAUUCAAUACAACAUUGACGACACUUUGGAAAUCAAGGAAGAAAAUGUUGAUGAUCAAGAGACUACCAUUUCUAAAGGUAUUGAAAAUUAUGAGCCAAAAUUGCGCGUAUACAUAAAAAAGGAUAUUUUUCCUACUGACCAACUGCCGAUCCGUAAGGAAAAGAAAAUUCAGGAAUCAGAACUGGAACUGGACAGGAAGUACAAAUGCGAAAAGUGUGCCCGAACCUAUAAAAAGAAACACAGUUUAGUUACUCAUAAAAAAUUGGAAUGCGACGUUAUGCCACAGUUCAGAUGUAAAUUUUGUGACAAGCGAUUUAAACGAAAAUUCCACAUGAAGACCCAUGUAAAUCACGUGCAUCACAAGAAAAACUUAAAUAAGUCGGCAUUGCGACAUGAAUGCAACAUGUGUUCUCGAAGUUAUUUUUCGCUAAACAGUUUAAAUCGGCACAAGCGUCUAGAACACGCAUCAGUCAUACCACAUUUCAUUUGCGACUAUUGUGAACACAAAACGAAUCAGAAAAGUAGCUUGUUAAAACACAUUAUGUCACGCCAUCUGAAAUAAGAAUAAUGAAUACGAAACAUUAAACUUCACGAAAUUUCUGAUACUGAUUGAAAAACAUACCUCACAACAUCUCAAGUAAUUCAGUAAUAAACUAAGAAAAAUUUCCUUUACAUUACUUUAAAUAGUUAUAUACCUUAAGUUACUUUUUGUAAAAACUAAUACAUAAUACUCUAUUUUA